AUGGAAGAAAACAAGCUACUGGGACGCACUUCGUCGUCGGACGAUGAUGCAGAAGACACAACAUUUGCUAGCAGAAUGAAACGCAUUUCUAAUCGUGAAACUUUCUUCUCCCGCUUACAGAUUUUUCGUUUUUGUCUUGAAGUUAUUCUCAUUGUCUGCCUUCUUGGCACGACUGGUCUUAUUUUGAGGAAUGACAUCGGCAAAGCUGGUACCUGUGAUAAUCAGGUUUGGCCGGCAGGAAGUGAUUACAAUCAUUUCGUACCUCAUGAUGUCAGCUCAAGAGGUGUACCCAAACCCUCUGGCCCAGAUCAAUACCAGAUAGCUGCCGAUGCAUUCCAUGACCGGGGUCUGUUUAAUCAAACUCUAAGCUCAUGGCAAGGUCUUUCUCAUGCGUUUGUACGAGCCACGCCGUAUGAUGGCAGCGGACCUCAAAAGCUGUUUGCAGGAGAUCUGUUCGAAAUUGCUGCAUUUCAUCAAAUGCAUUGUCUAACAUCUAUACUUGAGGACUUUGGUCUUCUUGCAGCCGGAAUCCCUAAAGAAGAACUGCCGGGUUACCACAGUGGUGUAACGUUGACAUGGGAAGAGCACAAGGCGCAUUGUUUCAACUACGUCCGGCAGGCUUUGAUGUGCUUCGCUGAUUCUACCGCUGAAGGACACAUUGACGGCGACCCCCAUCGUGUAGCUGAUCAUGGGGUAAUGCACGUUUGUAACGAUUUUGAUGCCUUGCUAGCGUGGUCCAAGGAGCCAGAGAGAAUGUUGCCUAAAAGUUGGAAGGUGACCGAUUAA